AUGCCCGUCAUCAUCCAAGCGCUGUGGCUCAAUCCAGAGAUCACGAUUGUCCAUCUGGGUGACAACAAUUUGGGAACUGCUGGAGUGGUCCAGCUUAUGGAGGUGCUCAAGGACCUUGAAGCCGUGACCAAGCUGAGUCUAAACGACAACGCCCUGGAUGUCGAUAGUGCUCGUGCGAUUGCCGACAUGCUGAAAGUCAGGACCAGUUACGUUCGGCUCUUUUUGCCCCGCAAUGAGUUUGGUGUAGCAGGCGUGCAAGCCAUCGCCGAAGCCCUCAAACUGAACAAGACGUUGACUUUUUUGCACCUUGGUUGCAAUGCUAUUGGGGACGACGGUACAAUCUCGCUCGUCCAUGCGUUGCGUGGUCACCCAACGCUUAAAUCUCUGAUUUUGCUUCAAAACGAGAUUAGUGACGCAGGAGUGAUCGUCCUGGCUGAUUUACUCAAACAAAACAAGGCACUUGAGGAGCUGGUUUUGUCUGAAAACGAGAUUGGUGACGCAGGAGCGAUCGCCUUGGCUGAUAUGUUCAAACACAACAAGUCACUCACGAACCUGAAAUUGGGCAAGAACAAGAUCACUGAAGUCGGGGCGCGCGCCUUCUCAAAGGCUCUGGAGAAUGUUCCAUCCAACGAACUCAAGUAUAUUGAGCUGUCAUACAAUAUCAUUGGCAUUUCCGAACAAGAGGCGAAAACAAAAUUCGAUCAUCGCUUCUUCAUUGACAUGCAACGAGAUCCUGCGACCAUUUACCCGCCUCUUCGCCCCGAGUUGUCGCCCCUGAUUCCUGAAGAUGUGCGACAGAACCUGACGCCGGUGCAACGCAAGCUGCUUGAGAGCCUCAUGGAAAAGGGCGAUAAAUUUGCACCCCGACUGAGAGUGUUUGACGACGCCACUGCUCGUGUGUUUGCCGAAGGUCUCAAAGUCAACACGACCCGAACCAAGCUCGAUCUCAUGGGCACUCGCUUCACUGCCACUGGCCUGGCCAUCCUGGCUGAGGCCAUCGGAUUGAACAAGAUUCUCACCGAAUUGGACAUGACCAACAUGAACAUUGACGACACGCUUGCACUCUCGGUCGCCACAAUCCUUCAGGCGACCACUUCUCUGACUGAAAUCCGGCAAGUUUCUUUGAUCGACAACCAGAUUGGGCAUGUAGGUGCGCAAGCGAUUGGGCAAGCUCUGCCUCAUUUGAAAGUGCCCCACCUCCUGAAUUUGUCGGGAAACCCGCUUGGCGACUUGGGCGCUGCCGCCAUUGCUGAGGGUCUGAAAGAAAACACGGCUCUUUGGCGCAUCGAACUGAAUGAUGCCGAGAUUGGUGAUUCGGGCGCAAUUGCUCUUGCGGAGGCUCUGAAAAUCAACCUCAAGACGCUGUCCAUCAUGAGCUUGGACCAGAACCACAUCACGGAAGAGGGUGUCUCCGGCCUGUUGGACGCUCUGAGAGUUCACCAAAAGCUGUGGUGUUUGAACCUGGAGGAAAACCCGCUCAGCGAGGAGGUGCUGAAGGCGUUUAUUGCCCGGCCGAUUGGAGACAAGCGGUUGUGGUUUGUGCCUGAUCGUGGCUCCAACAGGUGGAAAAGUCUUGUCCGACAAUGGAAUUUUGCUGCUCAACCCCAAGCACUUACCUCACCGCCGGCGCUUCCAAUCGGCAAUCGACUUGCUUCUUUUGGCAGCUCUGACGACAAGAUGCUGAGGAACCCCGAACACACCUCCCUUGCUGCUACUGCACCUCCAACUCACGAGCCACUCGGCUCGGUGUUUGCUGAGGCACUGACGCGAUUCCGGCGGACGGCACGCUCGCUCGGCAACUACGUCUUUUCGUUUGUCUGGCGCUCCGAUGAUCAACGUGCUUUCUAUGAAGCCUUGACUCCUGAGCAGCGGUUCAUUUACGACCUGAUUAAGAAUGGAGACAACCCUGGCACUGGCCGACCUGGCUGUGUUUCACUGAGUCAGAUGCGCAUUGGCAAUGAAGGCGCGCUGACCGUUGCGGCUGCGCUCAAAGUGAACAAGAACGUGACGAAGCUCGAUUUGUACCAAAACGGUAUCGAAGCGGAAGGAGCCAAGGCCCUUGCUGAGGCGCUCAAAGUGAACAACACGCUGGGAGAGCUGUGGCUUUCCGACAACAACAUUGACGAUGAAGGCGCGAUCGCGAUUGCAGAAGCGCUCAGGGUGAACACUGGUCUGGUCAAGUUGUUCAUGGGCGACAACCGCGUGGAAGAUGCAGGUGCGAUCGCUAUUGCAGCGGCCAUCCGUUGCAACAAGUCUUUGCGUGUGCUGAUCUUGAGCAACAUUUGUGACCCCUCCUGGAUUCGGGUUCAAGGCUGGACGGCACUGCAACAGGCUGAGCUUGCCAGCGGUGGUCGCCUUCGACUCGCAAAGAGCAACUGGGAUUUGAUUCCUGCCGACGAACUGCGCAAAAUGUAG